AUGAACCUAGACGACCCUGACGCGACGCGGCGCCGCAUCGAAGAAGACCUGGACCGCCUCGCCAGUGAUGAAAAGAAGGACACGACGGCCUACCUGCACAGCCUCCUGAAUCUAGCUCUGAGCCACUACCAGCGCGGAGACUUUAUCAGCGCGCGCGACAUGGCCGACUACACCCAUCAGAAGGCGCUGGUGCACAACUCCAAGUCUUCUUUGAUCUACUUCACGGCAACGACGUGCGCCCAUUGCGCCGAGGCACUGGCGAAAGAAUACGAGGCACACCUACAGCGAAAGGAUGAACAAAGCCACGUAUCCGCCACCCUGACGCCGGAGCCGUCGGUGGUGUUCAGUGCGCGGCGCGCCAUCAAGAAGCUGCGCGCUGACGCGGAGCGGUACCGCGGCAUCGCCCAUCGCGUGUACCACCGCCCUGACAUGGCGUUCAUGCGGGGCAGCGGCGGCGGAGGUAGUGGGAGGUGGCGCUCGUCAGCACGGCACGCCGAGGGCCGUGACACCCGCCACACGUGGGCGGACGACAGCAGCAACAACGGCGUUGACGAGGAUUACAUACCGCACAUGUACGGCCCUCGUUGGCAGGAUCGACGGAAGCGGCCGGAGCACGCGGAGAUGAAGCACUACUACAAGCAUCAGUGCGGGACGUCGCCGUCGUCGCGUGGUAAGACGCAGUGGAACGUGCCCAAGUGA